AUGAAUCAAGAUGCUGAGAUGACGAUCCUGCACUUUCCUGCAAUUCGCUUACGACAGCACACCCUAUACAAUGCUACAAAAGGAUUCAACUACAUUUUUUCCCGUGCUCUAAAGAACCCCAACCACCAAUCAAGUUUCCUAGAACACAGUUCCGCCAUUUUUAGCAAUUCAAUAACUGUAAAUUCAGAUUGUAUAACUCAAUGGAUGCAAAAUUGGUCUUUAGAGAAUCCGUACACUAUAAAUGAAAUAGUAUCCUGGUGCGCUCAAAAGGGUUCCUUAUCUACUGGCAUUCAGCUUCAUUGUCGCAUUCUCAAGACGGGUUUUGCUAAUAAUGUUUAUAUAAGCACUUCCUUGAUUUAUAUGUAUGGAAAAUGCGGUGAAAAUGUAUUGGCUCAUAAUUUGUUUGUUGAAAUGCCUAACAGAAAUGCCGUCGCUUGGAAUUCUUUGAUUUCUGGCUAUGUGAACUCCUACUAUCCUGGAACUGCUAUUGAAUUGUUCAUCAAGAUGUUAAGCGAGGGCAUUUCUGUCACGCCCUACACUGUUUCGUCUGUUUUGAUAGGAUGCUCACAGUUAGAAGAUGCUAUGCUAGGGAUUCAAGUGCAUGGCUUGAGUCUUAAAGCUGGGUUCGGGUUUUAUGCUGUUGCAGGGAGUAGUUUGAUUGAUAUGGAAAUGCUGCGGUCUGCUGUUGAGGCGAAUUAUGUUACAUAUAAUAGUUUGUUGAGCUCAUUUUGCUGUCGGGAUGAUUUAGAUCAUUGCAAACAGAUUCAUUGUUGUAUAAGUCGGGAGGGCUUAGAAUCUAACAUUUAUUUGGUAACUACAUUAAUGACUGUGUACUCAAAUUCGGGUUGUAGCUUAGGGGAUUUCUAUAAUAUCUGCUGCGGUGUUACAGUAUGGGACCAAAUUGCAUGGAAUGCUGUAAUUGCUGGAUUUUCCAAUUUGGGGAUUGGUAAGGAAGCUCUACUGUGCUUUUCUAGAAUGAGACAUGAAGGUAUUACUGUUGAUUUUUUUACAUUCACAAGCCUAAUAAAAGCAUUGGGAAGCAGUUCAUCCCUAGAAGAGGGAAAACAGAUCCAUGCUGCUGUUCUCAAAACAGGUUUUACUUCAAAAAAUUACAUACAAAAUGGGCUUGUUUCCAUGUAUGGAAAAUGUGGAAAGAUUGAUGAUGCAAAGAAGGCAUUCUUUUUUAUGGAUGACCACGAUGUGAUUUCAUGGAAUUCAAUAAUUACAAGCUGUGCUCAGCAUGGUUAUGGUAGUGAAGCUAUUCAAAUUUUCGAACAAAUGAGGAGACGUGAGAUUAAACCCAAUCUGACCACUUUCCUUGCAGUCCUCACUGCAUGCAGCCAUGUUGGAUUGCUUGAGAAAGGCCUAGAGUAUUUUGAUAUGAUGAAAAGUAAUGAUUCCCUUCCACCACCCAAGUUAGAGCACUAUGCUUGUGUCGUGGAUCUCUAUGGACGGGCUGGGUAUAUCCAAGAAGCAGAGGCCUUCAUCAAUAGCAUGCCAAUUAAGGCAGGUCCCUCCGUAUAUAAAGUUUUGCUAAGUGCUUGUCAAGUUCAUGGCAAUAAGGAAAUCGCUGUAAGUUGUGCAAGAAAGCUUGUGGAACUUUGCCCGAACGAUCCUGCUAUUUAUGUAUUACUGGCAAAUGUUAUGGCAACAGAAGGAAGUUGGAAUGAUGCAGCAAGCGUGCGAAAACUAAUGUGUCACAAAGGAGUGAUAAAAGAGCCAGGCUAUAGUUGGUGUCCAUUGGAAUUAGUGGGAAACAAACAGUCCCCUUUGGAUAACCCUCUUUCUAGUUCAGUUUUUCAUUCUUAUGGUUUUGAAGUUUCUUUAUCGCGAAGGGGUCAUUUUGGUCCAUCAACCUUUCUAGGGUUCUGGUUUGAACAAAAAUCUAUCAUAAGAGGCCGCAAACCUAAUUAUUCCCUCUCAGCAGCUCUAGCAGUAUUCUUCAUGUGUUAUCUUCCGGUGCUUAACCUUUGUUUGCAAUUGAACAAUUUGCCAAGAUGCAGAAUGACGAGGGACAAAAUAUGGAUCUCUACAUUCCCAGAAAGUGUUCUGCCACAAACAGGCUGA